GCUUGGCUGUGUCCCGGAAGGGUUUGUCCACGCUGGUUCCGGCCACCUCAGCUUACUUGGGGGACCAUGUCGGGCGCGGCAGGUUCGGGUGUGGGGGCUGCGGGUUCGGUAGGUUCCGUGGUGCGGCGCUUCCUGGCGGAGUACAGCAGCGGCACGCCGAGCCGCCUCAAGGUGCUGGACGCCUACCUGCUGUACGUGAUGCUCACCGGGGCGCUCCAGUUUGGCUACUGCCUGGGCGUCGGCACCUUUCCUUUCAACUCCUUCCUCAGCGGCUUUAUCUCCGCCGUCGGCAGCUUCAUCCUCGGCGUUUGUCUCCGGAUCCAGAUUAACCCCCAGAACAAAGGCGAGUUCCAAGGCAUUUCACCAGAGCGAGCAUUUGCUGAUUUCCUCUUUGCCAACACCAUCCUGCAUCUCGUUGUUAUCAAUUUUGUUGGCUGAACUCUAGAAGAGUCUGAGUGUACUCUCUAAUGCCAAAUCCUGUUAGAGGGAGUACUGUUCUCCAGCAGUAGCUGCUGCUUUGGUGAGAAAGGGGAGAAGAAGAAGUCAAAGAUUUUUCCCACAGACUGUCCUAUGGAGUGGUCUGCUGCCUCAUUCCAGUUACUGUAAUUCUUUCUUUAAAUAAAGCCCUUUAUAAUGUGGGA